AUGCCUCAAGACUCCCAACAGGCUCGCCGCCAGGGUGCCACGACGAGCUGGAACAAUUCGACAGCGCGCCAACCCUCAGGGCCGUCCUCACAAUUAACGAAGGGGGCGCAACAAGAUCCCCAACGAAAUGAAGUCCAAACUCAAGAAGAGCAUAAUUUACAGAAUCCAGAAAUACCAACUUCCAGUAAUGAAAUUUCAACCCUAGAAAAGAAAAAACGCGGUAGACCUAAGAAAAUCCUAGACUCAAAAGAAGAAAUUAAGAGAAAACGAGGAAGACCUAAGAAGGAUAAUAGUAAAAAGUUUAACAUUUUGAAAGAAAAUAAAAAUCAAGAAACAUUCGAAGAUGAAGACUCAGAUCCAGACUUCUCAAAGAAUAAUAUACACGAAUCCCUUUAUAAAAAUUUCAGUACUUCUGAAGAAUCAAGUGAAGAAGAAUAUGAAGGUUUUAACUAUGAAAACCCUCUAAGUAAUAGAAACAAUAAUUGUAAUGAAACUAAAGAAAUUCUAAGUGAAUCCGAAGAAGAAAUUUUUUCAAACAAAGAUAAACCAACUCGAACAGUCAACAACGAAAAGCAUCCCCAUUCAAGAAAAUCUAGUAUUGAUCGAUAG